GCAGGGAAGGGACGCCGCGUCUGGGGCAAAGGAUUAUUCUUUGUUUGUCGCGCACUUCAAUCUCUACACCGCAGCCUAGCUCUCGCUCACCCCUCUGCUGCUGUCGACGACUCUAUUCUUCCGCACCUGCGCUCGCUGCAUAUCUUCCCUCGCUUCCGACCGACCGGCCCAACAUGAACUUCUUCGGCACAAAGAACAAGCCGGUCAUCAAGACCAAAACCGUUUCCGUCACUGUGCCAGCCAAGAGGAUCGUGAGGCCAGCUGCUGCUCCGUCACGACCUUCACCGCUUCCGAAACGCCCUUCGCAGUUGUCCACACCGAGAGAUCGCCUGUCAGUCCCCUCAGAGCCGAAAGAGAGGGUCAGAAGAGUGGUCAAGCGCAAGGCCUCGACCCCGACGCAAGUCUUCAGCGACGACGACGACGACGACAGCGGCAUUGAGAGCAGUACCUCUUCGCUCGACACAAGGAAGCGCAUCAAGUCUCGCGCCACUUCAGAAGACCCCAACCGCAAGCUCGAGGACACAAGAUUGCGCAAAGACGAAGGCCGUUUCGAAUACCUUUCUGGCGCCUCCCUGGUCGCUGGCGAGUUCGGAAAGUCGUACAAGUCUGUCUUUCCUGGAGACUCCCCCACUGUAGUCAAGUUGCAAUACCCUGGUCAGUCGAUACCUGAAAAGUUCACCCUGGUCAAGAACGGCGUUCAGCAAGACUACCAACCCCUGGAUGACAUCAGAGAAACCGUCAAAUUCAUCUGCCAGAACUACUUCCCCGAAGACCUGGCCAAGGAAUAUCUCGAUGAUGAGCACGGCUUCGAGCGCCGUCUACUUCGCGCAGCCAGCAAGGGCUCAAAGGAAGACUACGUCGGCACGAUUCAGGAUUUCAACACCAUGAUCCUCAAGGCUAAAAGAGACGGAACGAUCAGCAAGGAGCUGUCCACAAAGCAUAGUCUGACUUUGGAAUGGAUCCAGCGCAUCCUAGAUCAGAUCUAUACCCGUACUGUCUCGCCUCAGGUCGACAGUCUGAAGGCUUAUCAGAACGGCACCGACAAUGUCUAUGGCGAAUUGCUGCCACCACUCGUCUCUGAGAUGCUCAACGGUGCUGAACUCAAGUCUGACCAGGUCUUUGUCGAUCUGGGCUCUGGUGUCGGCAACGUCUGUCUACAAGCCUCUCUCGAGACCGGUUGCGAGAGUUGGGGCUGCGAAGUCAUGGAGAACCCUUGCAAGCUCGCCGACUUGCAGGCCAAUGAGUUCCCUGCUCGCGCUCGCAUGUGGGGGCUAUCGGUAGGCAAGGUGCAUCUGCUCAAAGGCGACUUCCUUGCGAACCAAAAGAUCGGCGAAGUGCUCAAGCGAGCCGAUGUCGUCCUCGUCAACAACCAAGCCUUCAGCCCCGACCUCAACAGCAAGAUCAUGGAUCGCUUCUUGGACCUCAAGGACGGAUGUCGCAUCAUCAGUCUCAAACCCUUUAAGCAGGAAGGCUAUGAGAUUAGCGAUCGCAACCAGCAUGACCCUCGUCACCUUCUCGUCGACGAGCGCAAGCUGCCCUUCUACUCCAAGUGCGUAAGCUGGACCGAUGCUCCCGGCGAGUACCACAUUGUCCGCAAAUCACACGAGCGUCUUAAGCAGUUCUCGGAUGAUAACAACAGAAGAACUCGCAGGAGCUAGAGACUCUGGAACAAGGUAAAAGUAAAAGUUUCAUCAAAAUCAAGGCGUUUCAAAGCAGCAUAAAGAUACCCCCUUGGAAUUUCUUGGUUUUAGUUUUUCUGGUUUUUGUCGUCGUCGUAAGAGAGGUGGUCGUUUGGUCUUAUGGAUAGACUUAUUUUUUGCUGCAUUCCAUUGCAGCUAGCAUAGUUCUGUUGUCGCAUCUGUCGUUACCGCAUCUUCAUUGCAUAGCGUCUGCGGUUUACAUAGCCAUGCACUCAUUCCUUCCACCUACUGUCUAAGCCUUCGUGCCAUACGUUGCUGCUAAACGCUCAAGCAAGUGAUCUUUCGCAGUCAAUGUCUUGCCACCCUUGUUCACCCCCUCAACACCCCCCUUGUACUCCUCCACCCUCUUACUAGGGACGGCAACC